AUGGAUGUCGAGCGCUUUGAUCCUUCUGUCCCUCUAUGGAUCCUGCAUGUUGACGGCUCAGCAAAUCAGCAAGGCUGUGGAGCUGGCUUGAUGUUAACUACUCCAAACGGAAGCAAAGUUGAAUAUGCCCUCCAAUUCAACUUCAGAACCUCCAACAACGAGGCAGAGUAUAAGGCUCUCUUGGCCGGCCUUCGGCUAGCCAAAAGCAUGAGCGCAAAAGAAAUCAGCAUUCACAGUGACUCCUAG